CCUCCCCCCGCUCAGCACCGCAUCCGCCGGGCACCCGCCAUGGACGUCGGCGCGUUCAGCAGCGACUACUCCUCGGGGACGCCGUCGCCGGUCGCCGGCGGCGGCGGCGGCGGCGCGGACGGCGAUGACGCAGGCGGCGGCUCGUCCUCGUACAUGACGGUGUCGUCGGCGCCGCCCAAGCGGCGCGCCGGGCGGACCAAGUUCAAGGAGACGCGGCACCCGGUGUACAAGGGCGUCCGCCGGAGGAACCCCGGGAGGUGGGUCUGCGAGGUGCGGGAGCCGCACGGCAAGCAGCGGAUAUGGCUCGGGACCUUCGAGACCGCCGAGAUGGCCGCGCGCGCGCACGACGUCGCCGCGCUCACCCUGCGCGGCCGCGCCGCCUGCCUCAACUUCGCCGACUCGCCGCGCCUGCUCAGGGUCCCUCCGAUGGGCGCCGGCCAUGACGAGAUACGGCGGGCGGCCGCCGUCGCGGCCGACCAGUUCCGGCCGCCUCCCGAUCAGGGCAAUGUGGCCGCCGAGGAGGCCGCCGCUGCACAGCCGGAGGCCUUGCCUAGCGCGACGCAGAACUUCGAUGACCCGUACUGCAUUAUCGAUGACAAGCUCGACUUUGGGAUGCAGGGGUACCUCGACAUGGCGCAAGGGAUGCUCAUUGACCCGCCACCCAUGGCUGGUUCGUCCACCAGUGGCGCCGACGACGAUGACAACGGUGAGGUUAAGCUCUGGAGCUACUGAUCAAUCGCGCGUGUUUGGAACUUCCCUGUACAGCCUAUGGGAACCUAGUACUGGUUGCCAUUUCCCUUCGGAACUCGACGGUAAUGUUAAUGUAUCUUCCCUGCUCUCCUGAUGAAGUGUGAUCAGGAGCAGCAGAAGACUGGGGCUUCGAUCUCAGUUUGGUAGACAGUUGUGGGCGUUUGGCACUAGAUCAUCACCCUUGUUGCUGCACAAUGCAUGAGAUCAGUGAUCUCGGGAGUGCUUAGAGCACUUGUGUAAUAAGCAGCAAAAACAUGUGGUUUGAUAUUAUGGAUUUGCAAAUGGCCCGGUGUUAUUUCUGCA